AGAUGUAUAGUGUGUUUGAUACACCAUCCAAACCCGAUGCCGUAGCAAACCUUAUUCUUAACCACUUUGAAGAUGAAGACGACGGGAGGACGCCAAGGGGUGACCUUACUUCUGUGGCUGUUAAUAACAAGGCGUGCGAAGACUGACGGCAAACUGGACAUUCGAUUCAUCAGGUACUGGUCGGAUGGCAAGGAAGUCAGUGGGGAUUGUUGUGACAAUCAUCUACGCGUGUGGUGUAAUGACAAGUGCGACCCAAAGUUUACCAUUUGCAUUGAUGGCCCUGAAGGAAGAAAGCCUUGCUCUGUUUACAAGAACGCCACAAACUACAUACACAACCAGGACAUAAUCCACUUUGGAAGUAGCAUUCAAGGAACACCAAAUCCUUUCAUCAUACAUGUACCCAAAGCAGUACCGUCCUCGAUCGAAAUAACGGUGGAGGUGUAUGACAGCGAUGACACCUCCAGUGAUGACCACAUGGACACGCUCUCUAAGCUGAUCAACAUCCAAGCCGCUGCUACAGAACAGGCAGCUGUGUACACCCCAUAUACAGUGUGGGGAAGGACUAAGUUAAAGAUUGAGGUUCGUGCCUACUGCGACCCAGACUGGUACGGAUCUGCGUGUGCGACAUAUUGCAAGGCCACUCCUGACCACAGUCACUACACCUGCCACCCACAUACAGGAGCUAAAAUGUGUUUUGAAGGGUGGAAGGGAGAUAACUGCGACGAGGAUAUCGACGAAUGUGCAGAAAUUAACAACUUGUGUCAGCGUGGGGGAAGUUGUACUAAUACACUUGGAAGCUUUAUGUGCAGUUGUACGGAGGGUGUCACUGGAAGGCAAUGUGAAAACAUCAUCAACCAGUGUGCACUGGCACCAUGCUUGAACGGCGGGACAUGUGACGGAAACGAAACAGCCUUCAACUGCACAUGCUCUGUAGAGUGGACUGGAGGGACCUGCGCAGAGAAGGUGAAUUUCUGUGACAGCGCCCCCUGUAACAGAGGAAACUGUACACCGGACUUCCUGACGGCAACUGGGUUCAAGUGUAACUGUGAGUUUGCGUGGGUAGGAGAAAGAUGCAGUCAUGCUGUUGAUAUAUUCAACAUUACGCUCCUGGGUGAGAUUGGUCAUACAAAUAGAGGUGACCUGGCUGAUGGCUUGGACAGACUCAUCACCGAACUCGGGGGAAUUCCAGGAAAGGUGGAUGUCAAGUUUACAACAAACGCACAGAAAGAAAGCAAUUAUACUACAACGUACAUACAACUCUAUUUUGCUGUGGAGAACGGCUCCUUUCUGGAGAGUGAUUCAUUAGAUAGAAUCUUCGAAUCCAACCCUGACGAAGUCAUCAGUGAAUAUCUGCCUCUUCCAUUGUACCCACGUCAACAAGAAGAGAAGGAGAAGAUCACGGUGUUCCAAACGAUGGCAACAGAGAGAUCGCGUAACAGUUGGGACAAGGGCCAGUACGUGAAGACCAUUGGAACUCCUUUAGGAUUUGCCCUUAUGACUGUUAUACUUUGGGUGGCUUUAUGGAUCUGGAGAAGAAGAUCACACAACUCUGACCAAUUCUUGGAAGACGAUCAAAUCAGUCUUUUUGUUAUGGAUGUCGCAUGCAACAGGAGCCUAAACAGACCAGGUAACGUCACAGGCACACGUCAGGAUGCAAGCGUAUCUCCAAGUGGCUACACAAGUCUUCACUUCCAUGACCAUGAAAGAUCACUCGACACAGACUGUGAUGACACAUUACACAUCCACAUAGCAACUGAAGAUAUGAUGUUCGAUCCAGUAUUUCUAGAUGACAACAAUCUUCACGAUGACGAAGCAAAACUAGAUACCGGCCUCCACGUUGCCUCAUACAUCCAUCCAGUCCCUGCAGAUAUUACCCUUGACCCGGCGAGUCUAGAGGAUGAGGAAGAUGAAGCAGAGUACACUGUCAUCGAUGACAACGAUGUUGAGGACCCCUUACAGGAAAACCCUUAUGAAACGAUAGAAUCUUUCGAUGAAAACGAUGUUGAUAACAUCUCACAGACAAACCCUUAUGAAAAGAUAAAUUUUUAGCUCCCUUGGACGAUGUAUUUGUCAGCCUAUAAUUAUGUAAGAUAUUAAUGGCUUCUCUGCUAUGCGACUGAUUGAGAACCGGAAGUGCCAACAGCAAACUGUCAUCGUGGGCUGUCCGAGUGCAUCAGAAUGGGUUAAUAGCUCAGUGGUUACAGUGUUGUCUGGCACGUGGACUGACUCGGUUUCUAGUUCAACAGAUUGGGAACACCCCAGGGAGGAUCUAUUUAGAAUGAUCUAAUAAUUGUGGGUAAGCAAAGUGUAAAUUCUAAGGCCAUAUGCCAGGUUACCUGGAGCAAGGAUUAGCCUUCAGUAAACCCUUUUCGAUUCCCUGCUGGUACAAUGUGUACCUUGGGCAUCGCAUUGCACGUGUUGAUUUGCACGAUGUCGGCUGACGGGGUUCUAAUUCCAAGUGGGGCCCAUGUUGUGAACACUAUAUGUAUUAUCUACUUACAGUAA